UCCGCACCCGCCUCGCCCCGGCCGGACCUUCCGCGGGCGCCGCGCCAUGACCCAGAGCCCCGGGUUCGCGCCCCGGCGCGCCGGCUCCGUCCCGGGAGCCGCGGCGCGGCGCCACGACAGCCAGGACCGCCUGCUGCUGGACCCCGAGCCCCGCGACCCGGGCGGCCCGCGCCCGCUCGGCCUCGGCUACGACCCCGGCCCCCGGGCCGCGGACGGCAGGCUGACGCGGCGGCGGCAGACGGCGCUCCGCGAGAAGGGCCGGCGGCUGGGCACGCGGGGCCCGGCGUACAUGUUCAGCGCCCGCGCCACCAGCCUGUCCCCGGACGAGGAGCGCUUCCUGGACGCGGCCGAGUACGGCAACAUCCCGGUGGUGCGCCGCAUGCUGGACGAGUGCGCGGCGCUCAACGUCAACUGCGUGGACUACAUGGGGCAGAACGCGCUGCAGCUGGCCGUGGCCAACGAGCACCUGGAGAUCACCGAGCUGCUGCUGCGCCGCGAGAACCUGGCGCGCGUGGGCGACGCGCUGCUGCUCGCCAUCAGCAAGGGCUACGUGCGCAUCGUGGAGGCCAUCCUGGGCCACCCCGCCUUCGCCGAGGGCCGCCGGCUGGCCACCAGCCCCAGCCAGUCGGAGCUGCGCGAGGACGACUUCUACGCCUACGACGAGGACGGCACGCGCUUCUCCCACGACGUGACGCCCAUCGUGCUGGCCGCGCACUGCCAGGAGUACGAGAUCGUGCACACGCUGCUGCGCAAGGGCGCGCGCAUCGAGCGCCCGCACGACUACUUCUGCAAGUGCGCGGCGUGCGGCCAGCAGCAGCGGCUCGACGCCUUCAGCCACUCGCGCUCGCGCAUCAACGCCUACAGGGGCCUGGCCAGCCCCGCCUACCUGUCCCUGUCCAGCGAGGACCCGGUCAUGACCGCCCUGGAGCUCAGCAACGAGCUGGCCGUGCUCGCCAACAUCGAGAAGGAGUUCAAGAACGACUACAAGAAGCUGUCUAUGCAAUGCAAGGACUUCGUGGUGGGCCUCCUGGACCUGUGCCGGAACACGGAGGAGGUGGAGGCCAUUCUGAACGGGGACGUGGAGUCGCGGCACGCCGGAGACCGCGGCCGCCCCCAUCUCGGCCGCCUGAAGCUCGCCAUUAAGUACGAAGUAAAGAAAUUCGUGGCGCAUCCCAACUGCCAGCAGCAGCUCCUGUCCAUCUGGUACGAGAACCUCUCCGGCCUGCGGCAGCAGACGAUGGCCGUCAAGUUCCUGGUGGUGCUGGCCGUGGCCGCCGGGCUGCCCUUCCUGGCGCCGCUCUACUGGUGCGCGCCGUGCAGCAAGAUAGGGAGGAUCAUGCGCGGGCCGUUCAUGAAGUUCGUGGCCCACGCGGCCUCCUUCACCAUCUUCCUGGGGCUGCUGGUCAUGAACGCCGCCGACAGGUUCGAGGGCACCAAGCUCCUCCCCAACGAGACGAGCGUGGACCACGCGCGGCAGCUCUUCCGCAUGAAGACGUCCUGCUUCUCGUGGAUGGAGCUGCUCAUCAUCGCCUGGGUGAUCGGCAUGAUAUGGGCUGAGUGUAAAGAGAUCUGGAUCCAGGGCCCCAAAGAGUACGUCUUUGAGCUGUGGAACAUGCUGGAUUUCGGCAUGCUGGCGAUCUUCGCCGCCUCGUUCAUCGCCAGGUUCAUGGCGUUCUGGCACGCCUCCAGAGCCCAGAGUAUCAUCGACGCCAACGACACGCUGAAGGAUUUGAGCAACGUCGCCCUGGGAGACAACGUGAAGUACUACAACCUGGCCAGGAUCAAGUGGGACCCCUCGGACCCCCAGAUCAUAUCUGAAGGCCUGUACGCCAUCGCCGUGGUGCUGAGCUUCUCGCGCAUCGCUUACAUCCUGCCGGCCAACGAGAGCUUCGGGCCACUGCAGAUCUCCCUGGGGAGAACGGUGAAGGACAUCUUCAAGUUCAUGGUCAUCUUCAUCAUGGUGUUCGUGGCCUUCAUGAUCGGCAUGUUCAACCUCUACUCCUACUACAUCGGCGCCAAGCAGAACGAGGCCUUCACCACUGUGGAGGAGAGCUUUAAGACGCUCUUCUGGGCCAUCUUCGGGCUGUCGGAGGUGAAGUCGGUGGUCAUCAACUACAACCACAAGUUCAUCGAGAACACGGGCUACGUGCUGUACGGGGUGUACAACGUGACCAUGGUCAUCGUGCUGCUCAACAUGCUCAUCGCCAUGAUCAACAGCUCCUUCCAGGAGAUCGAGGACGACGCCGACGUGGAGUGGAAGUUCGCCAGGGCCAAGCUGUGGUUCUCCUACUUCGAGGAGGGCAGGACGCUGCCCGUGCCCUUCAACCUGGUGCCCAGCCCCAAGUCCCUCUUCUACCUGCUCGCCAGGCUGAGGGCCUGGCUCUCCCGGCCGUGCCUGCGGCCCAAGACCCGCUUCCGGGACGACGCGGAGAGGAGCCAGAGAAAAGAAGAAAAGGAAUUUGGAGUUUUGGGAAGUCACGAAGAUCUUUCCAAGCUGUCCCUCGACCAGAAGCAGCUCACGCACAAUAAACAACCAAGUAUAAGGAGCUCGGAAGACUUCCACUUAAAUAGCCUCAAUAAUCCUCCAAGACAGUAUCAGAAAAUAAUGAAGCGGCUCAUCAAAAGAUACGUGCUGCAGGCGCAGGUGGAUAAGGAGAGCGACGAAGUGAAUGAAGGGGAGCUGAAGGAGAUCAAGCAGGACAUCUCCAGCCUCCGCUACGAACUCCUGGAAGAAAAAUCUCAGCACACGGAAGACCUGGCAGAACUGAUUAGGAAGCUCGGGGAGAAGCUGUCCUUGGAGUCACAUCAAGAGGAAAGCAGCAAAAGAUAAUACAGAUCCUUCCUUAGAAAUUCCUAUUUAUUUGUUCACUUGAAGCCAUAUUGUUUUCCGAUAUAUUUUUGUUAAGUGCCAAUGAUAAAGAAAAAAGUGACAUGACAUCAUGGGCUCUCCUGGCAUCUGGAAUCCCAGUGUCGAGUAGCUCCGGUGAUUAAGUCUCAUCA